AUGUUGCGAUACUCAAUUUACAUUAUUGGAUUUGUUUUACUGGCUAGUACAUUGCCUAUUUUUGAUUUCCUCUAUAGUAGCGACUAUUUAUUACAUCUAAGUCCAGCAAAUGAAUUCGAUGGCGAAUCUUCUUUAAAGCAUCUGAUGUUUUUAACAAAAUCCAGUCGAUAUAUUGGCAGUGCUCAAUAUAAUGCAUCAAUUGAUUAUAUUUUAGAUAGAUUACAAGAGUACAAACAGUCAGCAAAGCACCAAUUUGAAUAUGGAUUGUUCGAACCUCAUAAUUUCCAUUAUCACACAAGAGAUUUCAAUGCUAUACGUAAAUACAUCAAAACAAUCGAAGCUAAUUUUACAUUUUGUACUGAUGAAAAGCGUACACUUUUUAUAUCUGCCCAUAUUGAUGGGCAUCCCACAGGUCCAACAGUCUACGAUGAUGCUAUUAACAUAGCUGUAAUGCUCCAACUUGUUUCAACCGUCUCACAACUAAAAGAACCCCUUGAUUACAAUCUUCAUUUCAUUUUUGUUGGUGGAGAAGAAUAUGGUCUUGAAGGCUCAAAGUCCUAUGUUGCUAAUCAUACCAUUUCCGGCUAUAAUUUGAACCUGGAAGCGAUUGGUUCAGGAAGACCAUUCGCUUUAACAACAAAGGCGAAAAACUCGUCAUCUAUUUUGAGAACAUGGUCUAGAACUACAGGAGUUAUCGGUGCCACCUUCUUUAAUGAUAUAAUGGGAACAGGAAUGAUCAAAUCUUCUUCUGAUUUACGAGUUUUCGAAAAGAAAGGAUUAAGCGGUGGAGAAUUAGUCUACAUUGGAAAUCCAUCAUUUUACCAUACGAAAUACGACUUACUUAAGGAUCCAAGAGAUGUUCAAUACGAAGGAAGAAUUAUUUUGGAUUUCAUUCGUAAAUUCAAGGUUGAUGAUGAAGAAACUGAUCAAAUAAUACUUGGUAUAUCACCAUUUGUGUUUACAAUUAGUCAAAAGACUUCAACAAGGAUAUUAUAUUCUUUAUGUUUGGUUUUAGUUAUUCAAAUGGUCAGAAUGAUUAAUAAGACAAAUUUAAUGGGAUUUCUAAAGCUUUUGGCCGUCUUUGCAAUUGUUUUGUUAGUAAUUGCUGCAAUGAUUCAUGAUUUCAAUAAGAAGAAUCCACUUGGAUAUGCUGAUUAUCCUUUCUUAUCAUCUCUUGCUAUUCCUUUGACUGUUUUCGUUUUUAUCGGAAAUUUAUCCGGAUUUUUAGAUAUUACCCAAGAAUCAGCUUUGUUAUUCAGAGGUUUGUUUGAUUUAUUACUUGCAUUUGUCUUUGCUUCAUUAGAUUCUUCAAUAACUGUUUCAGGUUUCAUUUUAUCAACAAUAAUUGCAAUUUUAUUACGCAACACUCAUGUUUCUAUCAGAUUAAUAGCUGAAAUUAUAUUGAUUCAGCCAUUUAACUUUGUCUAUUCUUUGUUAUUUAGAACAUUAAUCAGAUAUGUUUCAUUAUUCUAUGGAAUUAUUGGAGAAGUUGCAAUUGUUGCAACAGGUUCAUUGUAUGGCUUGAAGUGCUUCUUCUCAUUACGUCAUUUAUCAGUUACAAACAAAUAUUUCAAAUUAUCUCUUGUCACAUUUUUAAUUCCGACUGCAUUUGUUAUGUUUGUCACCUCAAAGCAAGCUCCUUGUAAUGACAAUUUCACAAUUGGAGGAAAUUUCGCUCAUUUUUAUUAUAAGAAUCGAACAAGUACUGUUUCAUUCUACCCUAACUCUGGUCCCAACGCCAUCCCUCAUUUGCUUUCUAAGGUCAAAGGAAUCCAAUCAUCACAGAAAUACAAACGAGGUAUUUCGAAUGCUCCUGCUGUAUUUAUUCAGAAAGAUAAUGAUACUUUGCCUGAAUUUAUUGCUGAUUGGCCGGUUGUUGAUGUCACCAAAGAUGAAAAUGAUAUUCUUGAAAUUAAUAUUCCAUUUAACUACCAAAAAGCUGAUAAAUUAUUUAUAAUUGUUAAGUGCGAUGAUCCGAAACAGAAAUGUGUUGAAUCAAUCGAUGGUUUUGACAGAAUUGAAAGAUUAUCUGAUAAUUCAACACUUGUCAGAUUAGCUCCCAUUGGACCAGAUGCGCUAAUUAAGAUGCAGACAAAAGGACCAUUUAGUGUUGAUGUCAUUUUCCAUUGGUAUAGACAUUCAAAGUUAUACAACAAAUUUGUUUCACAAUUCCCAUCUUACGUUAUUGAUUUUGCAAAGAAUUUGUUCAUAUCUGAUACUUGUCUUGUUGAUACAUUCAAGUUUUAG